CUACAUUGUUUAUCCACCUCAAAUAAAGCAGCUUUGUGGACUACAAGUGUCUGCCUAUGACCCAACAGUAUGUGUAAAAGGUCAACGGCUAGCUCUGGCAAAAUUAAAAGUGUUACAUUGUCUGAUGAAAAAAUCCAGCUUAAAGCUAAUACACGGAGCAUUAUAUCUUGCUAUUUCACUCCACGCUCAUCUAUUAGAAACGACAAGGUCAGUUUAGAAUGGGAAAAAGAGAAAGGUGGAGAGUAUAUCCCUCUUAUACAAUUUGUUGACAACAAGGUGAAAAAAGUCAGUCUACAAGAUAACAGGUUUCAAGUGUUUAAGAAUCUGGUCCACAGAGGAAACUGCUCUUUAAUAAUCAGUUCCACCAAACUCAUCGAUAGCGGCAAUUAUCAAUUGAGAUUGACUGUUGGUGGAAAGCUGUUUAAACCACUCCCAAGGAUCAAAGUGCAAGUUGAGAAGACAAAGGAAUUAAAGCAAGGAAGAUUGCAUGCACCUCAUUCUGGAAAUAAGAACUGGAAAAAACCCAUAAGCGACAAUAGAAAAUUGUCAACUGCAUUAAAUCAUGUUACUUCUGAUGAAAAGGAUGGAGAAAAACAACCCAGCAGCAAUCAUGCAAAACUGACACCUGAACUAAUAGCUGGUGUUACCUCUAUAUGUUCUGUGGCAGUGCUGACAUUCGUAAUUGCCUGUGUCGUGUAUUGCUACCGGACGAGGAGCAAACAAAAGGCCCCAGCUCAAGACGAAGAACGCUUAACUAGCCCAGAGAAAGAGAUGGACCCAAAGGAUCCUAAACCUCAGUGCCGUUCAAAAAAAGCAAGAAAGAAGGACAAGGCGGACCAAGAGAAUCCUAAACCUCAGGGCUUAACUAGCCCAGAGAAAGAGAUGGACCCAAAGGAUCUUAAACCUCAGUGCCGUUCAAAAAAAGCAAGAAAGAAGGACAAGGCGGACCAAGAGAAUACUAAACCUCAGGGCUUUCCCAAUUUGGGUAAUACCUGCUACAUGAACGCCACUUUGCAGUCCCUUCUUUCUGUUCAGCCAUUUGUCAGUGAUUUACUGCAGCAGAAAAUACCAUACAAGACAUUUCAAGAGUUUGUUUUUAUAAGGAACCUUUAUAAUCUCAUAAGAAGAAAAGACAGAUACAGCUUAAAGAAGAGGAGAAAACUGUUGCUUAAACUAAAAGAUUCAGUAUCUAUCAGUGCAGAAAGGUUUGCAGACAACGAACAACAUGAUGCCCAUGACUUCCUUACUGAAUGCUUCAGCCUGAUGAAAGAAGACAUAGCACAGUUGUCUAAUGAAAUGAAGAAUCCAAUAUCCUGUCCAGUGAAAAGCAAUUUUGAAUUUGACCUGGAGUAUAUUUACAUUUGCAAUAAGUGUGGAGAAACUAGAAUUUCUGUGAACCAGAAUAAUUGUUUAUUUGUCGACAUUCUUCAAGAGGAUUCAAAUUCGGAUUCUGCUUCCGAGACACUUCAAGAUGCAGUGGAUUACUAUUUCUUGGAUGAAACAGUGGAAUUUUCUUGUGAAAAAUGUGGAGGAAAUGAAUCAACCCUAAAGCAGAAAUUCAGAAGUUUACCAAGGCAAGUGUUUUAUCUUUCAACCCCAAACAAUAAAUAAUAUGAAAUUUAAUUAACUUUUAG